UUUCUCUUCAAAGUACAACUAAUAUUCUUCAACAGAUAGAGAAAUACUAAUGGCUUCUUCUUCUUGGAAUUUGACUCCAAUAGUAUUUGUUUUAUUGUCUCUCUUUGUCAGCUCAGCGUUCGCAAAUUUCUACAACAAUAUUGAUGUUACAUGGGGCGAUGGCCGUGCAAGAAUCCUCAACAACGGAGACCUUCUUACUCUCUCCCUUGAUAAAACUUCAGGCUCGGGUUUUCAAUCCAAGAAUGAAUAUCUCUUUGGAAAGAUUGAUAUGCAGCUCAAGCUUGUCCCUGGAAAUUCAGCUGGCACUGUAACUGCCUAUUAUCUAUCAUCACAAGGACCAACUCAUGAUGAAAUAGACUACGAAUUCUUGGGAAACCUGAGUGGCGAUCCUUAUAUUCUUCAUACUAAUGUAUACGCUCAAGGCAAGGGUGGCCGGGAGCAACAAUUCUACCUUUGGUUUGACCCCACUGCAGAUUUCCACACCUAUUCAAUCCUUUGGAACCCGCAACGCAUCAUCUUUUCCGUGGAUGGCACACCUAUCAGGGAAUACAAAAAUCCCGAGUCUCUGGGUGUUCCAUACCCAAAGAACCAACCAAUGAGGAUGUACUCAAGCCUGUGGAAUGCUGAUGACUGGGCAACAAGAGGUGGACUUGUCAAGACAGACUGGUCCAGGGCUCCAUUCACUGCUUCCUACAGAAGCCUCAACCAAAAUGCUUGUAUUUGGUCGUCAGGAAAAUCUUCGUGCAAUUCAAAUUCUCCUUCCAAUAAUGCAUGGCUGAAUCAGGAGUUGGAUGCCACAAGCCAACAGAGGCUACAAUGGGUCCGGAAGAAUUACAUGAUUUACAAUUAUUGCACUGAUACAAAACGCUUUCCCCAAGGCUUUCCUGCCGAGUGUUCUCUUCAAUAAUGGAUCGUCAUAAGAAACUGAUCAGGGGCAAAAUGUUUGCUGCAUUUUAUGCUUUUUGUGUAUUGUGUUUGUUAUAAUUAUUUAUAUAUUCUUUCGUUUGUGUACCUGAAUAAAAGUUGAAAUAGAAUGAAA